AAAACAUAAUAUUAGAAGAUAAUAACUUGCGAUUCGUUAAAAUUGACUUUUAAAGAAUUUAUCGAAAAUAUAUGUAUGUAUGUGAAUUAAUAUCAAUUCGAUUAACACAUCAGAAUUAGUAGAGUGAAAAAAACUAAUUAAUUGAGGGUUGAACGGAAACCGAUUGAGUGCAAACGUUUACCAAAAAUGCAAAUUAUGUUUGGAACAAUUUUAUGUGUUUUAUUGAAAGGUUUAAUAUUGACAAAGGCAACUAUUACGUCGAAGGAUGAUACCACUUCAAACAUCUUUCAGGAAGAAAGUAUUUCCAUGCAUCCGGAUUUAAAUUUCACGCAGAAUAUUUCAAUGUCCGAGAAAAAUUAUCAUCGUAUACUAAAUUUCAAAUCUGACCGGAGUCAUUCUGAUAGUACUGUGAGAAAUGAGCGAGAAGUCGAUGAAGUUACACUUGCAAAUAUUUCUAUCAUCCCAGAAUCUAUUGAAAACAAUUUGGACAAGCCAACAUCUCUCAGAGCAUUUGUACAAUUCGACAGUCAAUUCACAGAAAAAGUAAACGACAUUUUUGUGACAUUGAGAUGGAACCAACUUAACUUUACCAAUGAAAUAAUACAAGGGUACACGGUGCAGUGUUUUUUCAUCGAGGAUUUAAAAGAGAUUCAAAUCUGCGAGGAUAAAAAUAUCACAACUACAGAAUUGGAGCACACGGUUCACAAUCUAACAUUUAACACGACAUAUUAUUUUCGAGUACGUGCGCAUACUAAAAUUGUUGCUGGACCUUACACGGAUUUAAUCAAUGUGUCGACUACACAUGAAAAUCCAAUACCUAAAUUAUUAGUAACAACGUCUCUAGGUAUCCAAAUAUGGGACAUGGAUUUAAAUAUUACUAAUUUCAUAGUGUCGUUCAUUUAUGAAAUUAGGUUUACUCACUCUGAAAGAUCAAUAAUAAAUGCCCCUGGAGGACACAAAUAUAAAAACUAUUUUAUUCUUAAGAUGAUAAGCCAAAGAGGAGGCCUAGUAACAUCGAAGAUUAAUGAAAAUAAAAUCACAAAAACAGCUAGCUUUGUUAAUUAUCUAUAUGAUAAAUCAGUAAUAAAUGCCGCUUAUUCGAUACAAGAACAUAGAAUUUAUUGGAGUAUCUUUGAAAGAGAACUAAUAACACUGAUUAAUGAAAAUAACAUUACAAAAAUAGCUACAUUUGAUUAUGAUCUACAUGCUCUCUGCAUUGACUGGGUAGCAAGAAAUCUAUAUUGGUCCUAUUCAGAGUCAGACUACUAUUACAUUGUAAAGUUGGACUUAACAUUGUGGGAAAAUGGCAUGAUUAAACUUGAUGAGAUUUUCAAAUCAGAAAUUGAUAAUGGCUAUUUAAGUAUAUCGCCGUUUAUGGGAAUUUUAUAUCACAUAUCAUACAAUAGGAAGAAUCGAGAAUAUGAUAUGAUGAAAUAUCAUCUCGAUGGAAAAAACGAACAAAUUGUUCAGAUAAAUGCAUCCUUUUGCUUAUUUCAUUAUAUAGAUUUUUUUCGUGAUAUGGUAAUUGAUAACAUGAUUAAUGAAGAGCCGUUAAUUUACUGGUUAAGUGAGAAUUAUACAACUGUAACAGACAUUAACGUUUCUAUGUGCAAUACGAUUUUAUACAAGAAAAACGUAGGUGAUAACAUCAAUUUCAAAUCUAUGACGAUUGAUAAAACAAACAUUUACAUUUUAGCAAUUGAUUCGCUCCAAUAUAUUCUUUACGUUUUGAAAAAGAAAUACGCAAGUCUCAAGAGCGUAAAAGCAAACAAAUAUGUUGAAAAGAUAUUAAUAAGCUCACAUAAAAAUGAUUUUUAUAGUAUUUACGCUUUUAAUAAAUAUUUACAACCAUAUCCUCCAAUGAGAUGUCUGACACCUGACGAAAAAGUCAAAAAAAUUUAUAAUUUUGAGAAUGUGACUGCAACGGCAAACAGCAUCAUUGUAAAUUUACCGGAGCCGGUUGUAAAGAGUGGAUGCAAAAAAUAUAAUUUACCAACUACUAUAUAUACUAUCUUUGUAAGUCAUUGUUUAGACAACAACCUCAACAAGUCUGAAGAAUUCAAUGUGCUGACAGCCGAGCGAUAUUACGAGAUUCAGAACUUAACACCAUUUACAGAGUACAAGUUGAAGUUUACUUUAAGCAAUUUUUACUUUGAUCAAUUAUCAAUAAAUCCAUUCGAUUCGAACGUGAUACGAAUAAAAACUAAUUUGGGCAAGCUUAAUGUACCAGAAAACAUAAGUGUUUUAGCUUUGACGCCUACUAUAGCAGUAGUUCAUUGGAUGCCACCCAAGAAAUUGAACUGCGUGGUUGUGACCUACGAAGUGCAUUGGAAGUUAGUGAACGACACGCAACAGCAGAAUAAACAAUUUAUCAAUGUGCCGAAACGUGUGGCAGACGGCAGAUAUUUCACAAAGAUUAACUUAUCGCUACCAGUACAAGAUUAUUUGAUAUACGUGCGUGUGUAUCCAAGUAAUUUCAGUGAUUUCUACAACGAGUGUUUUAGCAAGAUCGAUCACAUAUACUCAGAACCAAAUAAUAUUACUUUGAGCGGGGUCACCAUAAAUAGCAUGAACAUUUCAUGGAUCUCAAACAUCAAUCUGACGGUUUUUUUUACACUAGAGUUCAAAGAUAUUGCAGCAGAAAAGUGGCAAACAAUGGAGUAUAUUAAAAUGAAUUAUAACAAUGAAAUGAGAUAUCAUUUCGGAAAGUUAAAAUCGGGAACUUUAUACAAGUUUCGCUUGAUAUUAAGAUAUCCCGAAUAUGAGGAAGCUUUUACAUGGCCGACUGAUGAAAGAUUUAUUUUUUCAACACUUAACAGCAGUUUGAACAAGCCAACGUCUCUCAGAGCAUUUGUACAAUUCGACAGUCAAUUCACAGAAAAAGUAAACGACAUUUUUGUGACAUUGAGAUGGAACCAACCUAACUUUACCGAUGAAAUAAUACAAGGGUAUACGGUGCAUUGUUUUUUCAUCGAGGAUUUAAAAGAUAUUCAAUUCUGUGAGGAUAAAAAUAUCACCACUACAGAAUUGGAGCACACGGUUCACAAUCUAACAUUUAACACGACAUAUUAUUUUCGAGUACGUGCGCAUACUAAAAUUGUUGCUGGACCUUACACGGAUUUUAUCAAUGUGUCGACUACACAUGAAAAUCCAAUACCUAAAUUAUUAUUCACAACGAAUCAAGAUAUUCAAAUAUGGGACGUGGAUUUAAACAUCAUUACUAAUUUAGUAAUGAUGUCACAAUCAAAAUUAAUAGAUGUCGCUUAUUCGAUACAAGAAUAUAGAAUUUAUUGGAUAACCGAAAGAGACCUAAUGACAUUUAAAAUUAAUGAAAAUAAUAUCACAAAAAUAGCUAGCUUUGAUCAUGUUCUACAUGAUCUCUGCAUUGACUGGGUAGCAAGAAAUCUAUAUUUGACAUAUCAAGAAUCAAACUACUCUUACAUUGUAAAGUUCGACAUAACAAUGUGGGAAAAUGGCAUAAUUAAAUUUGAUAUUUUGAAAAAAAUCUUUGCUAUUGACUAUUUAAAUGUAUUACCGUCUAUCGGAAUUUUAUAUCACAUAUCAUACAAUCGGAAGAAUCGAGAAUAUGAUAUGAUGAAAUAUCAUCUCGAUGGAAAAAACGAACAAAUUAUUCAGAUAAAUGCAUCGUUUUGCCUAUUUCAAGAUAUAGAUUUUUUUCAUGAUAUGAUAAUUGAUAACAUGAAUAAUGAGGAGCCAUUAAUUUACUGGUUAAGUGAAAAUUACACAACUGUAACAGACAUUAACGUUUCUAUGUGCAAUAGGAUUUUAUACAAGAAAAACGUAGAUGAUAACAUCAAUUUCAAAUCUAUGACGAUUGAUAAAACAAACAUUUACAUUUUAGCAAUUGAUUCGCUCCAAUAUAUUCUCUACGUUUUGAAAAAGAAAUACGCAAGUCUCAAGAGCGUCCCAAAUGCAUACAAAUAUGUUAAAAAGAUACCAAUAAGCUCAGAUAAAAAUGGGUUUUAUAAAAUUUACGCUUUUGAUAAAUCUUCACAAUCAUAUCCUCCAAUGAGAUGUCUGACACCUGACGAAAAAGUUUAUAAUUUUGAGAAUGUGACUGCAACGGCAAACAGCAUCAUUGUAAAUUUACCGGAGCCGGUUGUAAAGAGUGGAUGCAAAAAAUAUAAUUUACCAACUACUAUAUAUACUAUCUUUGUAAGCCAUUGUUUAGACAACCUCAACAAGUCUGAAGAAUUCAAUGUGCAGACGUUCGAGAGAUAUUACGAGUUUCAAAAAUUAACACCAUUUACAGAGUACAAGUUGAAGUUUACUUUAAGCAAUUUUUACUUUGACCAAUUAUCAAUAAAUCCAUUCGAUUCGAACGUGAUACGAAUAAAAACUAAUUUGUACGAGCUUAAUGUACCAGAAAACAUAAGUGUUUUAGCUUUGACGCCUACUAUAGCAGUAGUUCAUUGGAUGCCACCCAAGAAAUUGAACUGCGUGGUUGUGACCUACGAAGUGCAUUGGAAGUUAGUGAACGACACGCAACAAGAGAAUAAACAAUUUAUCAAUGUGCCGAAACGUAUGGCAGACGGCAGAUUUUUCACAAAGAUUAACUUGUCGCUACCAGUACAAGAUUACUUGAUAUACGUGCGUGUGUAUCCAAGUAAUUUCAGCGAUUUCUACAACGAGAGUUUAAGCAAGAUCAAUUACAUAUACUCAGAACCAAAUAAUAUUACUUUGAGCGGGGUCAACACAAAUAGCAUGAACAUUUCAUGGCUCUCAAACAUCAAUCUGAUGAUCUCUUCUGCACUAGAGUACAAAAACGUUUCAACAGAAAAGUGGCAAACAACGAAUGAUAUCAGAAUGAAUUAUAAUAAAGAAGUAAUAUACCAUAUCAGAAAUUUACAAUCGGGAACUUUAUAUAAGUUUCGUUUGAUAUUGAGAUAUUUGGAAUAUGAGGAAAUUUUUAUAUGGCCGGCUGAUGAAAGAUUUAUUUUUUCAACAUAUGAUAGCAAACGUGAUGAUAUUUCGAACACUCCCGGAAUAUUAGCUACAAAAUAUUACCUACCAUUGAUGUUGACUUCUAUUUUUAUAGUUACUAUAGUUGUUAUAGUUACUAUAAUCUGGCUUUAUCGGUUGUAUCGUCAACGCAAAAGUAAUUAUGAACUAUUAUUGCCUUCAACAACAACCGAUAUAGAAUUAGACGAUAUAGAAUUAGAGAUUCUACAAGAAGUACCUGAAUUCAGUACCAUUUAUAGUCCUAUGUUACAUUAUAAUCCGGAUGAAUGUGAGAUAACUAAAAUCGCACGUAAACAAAUUACAUUUACAAAACUUAUUGGUAGCGGCACAUUCGGAAAGGUGUAUCAAGGAAAAGUGAAAAACUUAGAAAGUUCGGGCACAGAGAUAUCCGUUGCAAUAAAAACGCUUCGGAAAGAUGCUUCUUCCCAUGAGAAAAAGAGAUUGUUAAAGGAAGCCGAGCUUAUGAAUCGUUUUAGACACAAACAUAUAUUAAGAUUGUUGGGCGUUUGUUUGGAUGGAAUUUCUCCGUUUCUAGUGUUCGAAUUAAUGGAAACUGGUGAUUUGUCAAAAUAUUUGAGAGAUUGUCGAAAUUUGGAAGCGUCAGAUUCGCACGCUUUGCGUUUGCAAGAUUUGGUCGCCAUGUGCGAAGAUGUUGCGCGAGGUUGUUGCUACUUGGAAGAAUUGCGUUUCGUACAUAAAGAUCUAGCGUGCCGCAAUUGUUUAGUAUCUUCGAGAAAUCAUGAGAAUUGUAUUAUCAAAAUUGGAGAUUUUGGAUUAGCUAGAGAUAUCUAUAAGGAUGAUUAUUAUCGCAUGAGAGGAGAAGAUUUGCUUCCUGUUCGCUGGAUGGCACCCGAAUCUUUGAUGAUCAGAACAUUUACUUCUCAAAGCGAUGUUUGGUCAUUUGGUGUUUUAAUGUGGGAAAUUACAUCGUUGGGUGAGCAACCUUAUAGUGCUAAGACUAAUGAAGAAGUGAUAAAUUAUGUACGUGCUGGAGGCAAGUUGCUGAUGACUCUUAACUGUCCAUCAGCAUUAUACCAGUUGAUGCUACGUUGCUGGUGUGCAGCGGAUGCUAGACCAAAUUUCGAAUUUUGUCUGAACAAUAUUAUAGCAUUAAGAGAGAACAUAGAAGAUGCCUUACUGAGUCCAGUCGAUACUAUUUAGCUGAUAUUAUAAUUAAAUUAAUGUUUAUUUUCCUAAUGAUCCAAUAAAUCUUACUGUAGGAAAAAUAUUUCUAGA